AUGUCUCGCAUGGCUACCGGAGACCACCUGAAGCUGUUGAAGGGACAACUCUCAGAAAAGGAAUUUCGAAUAGGCGAGCUUGAGAACCGUGUCAAGGAUCUUUUUAUCGAAGCCAAAGAACUCGAUGAAAAGCUACGUAUCGCGAACCGUAACGCCCGAGUUCUUGAAGAGGAAAACAGCAACUAUCACAUUCGUAUCAAGAGCCUUGAGAAGGAAAGCGAUACCUCGGAUGUCUUUCCCUUGCAGAGAGAGGCGAUGAAGCUCAUUCAAGAGAAUGAGGAGCUGCGGAAGUCGCUAACAGAGGCUGAGAGACAUGUGAGGCAAAUGUCAAUCCGUGAGCGCAAUAGCGACCAUGGCGCUGACAAGCGAAUUCGUGAACUACAGAGCGAAUGCGAAAGAAUGCAAAAGGAGAGACUGCGCGAGAGCAAAGAGUUGGAGAACACUCGUCAUCAGUGCGCUGACUUGCGAAAGCGCCUUGAUGACAAUGAGGAGACACUGAAGUCUGCAAAAGAGCUAUGGGACCAGGAGCGUGAGAGGUAUCAGCAGAAGAUCGAUGAACUGCUAGACUUCAAUAAGCGCGCGGAAAGGCCUCUUGUGACCCCUUUUGCUCGGAACAGAAAUGGCGGCGUUGAGGAACCGCUGGAGCAAUUUCUAUUGAAGGAAGAGGUUGCACAGCUAGAAAGGAAGCUGAAGGAGGCGCAACACAAAAGCUGGGAAAAGGAGAAGGAGUGGGUGCGCACCGAGAACGAGUUGCGCCACCAGAUUAGCGAAUUGCAGGUGAAUGGCAGCUCAGAAGGCCGUAACGACGAAGCACUUUUCCAGGCCAUGAAGGAUCAAGUUAGGUCUUUGCAAGAUGAAAUUCAGGCUCUUCGGUAUGAUAGGCGUGGCUCUCGAUCAGCACAAGCCGUACCGAUGAGCUUGAUACAUGCUUCCUCGACUGUGAAGCCGGCUGCGAAGAGUUGUUUACUGGAGGAAUGGGCAGCUCGCUAUGAAUCCGUAUCGAGGGCGAAUGACGACCUUCGUGAUCAGGCAGAUGCAGCUAAGGUGAAAAUUCUUGAACUUCAAAACGUUAUUGACGAGAAGGUGGUAACAUGCAAAGAGAUGGAGGUCCGACUCGCAGCUGCUCAGAAGCAACUCGAAGACGCUUCUCAUGAGUCAUUGACAGAUAGGCUAUCAUCUGUCCGCUCGACCGGUGGGUACAGUUAUGGAAGUCGCGCAACCGGAGCUCCACACAGCCAGGACGAUGCGCGUGCAAUGAUAGUCUUGAAGCAGAGAGUGCGUGACUUAGAGGCAGAGUUGAAGAAGCUUAACAGCGCACAAGAGCAGAAGGAGGCAAUCAGUCAUGUUCGCAUUAAGGAGUACGAAAAGCAGAUCGUGGAGCUACUGCACGAAAAUGCGAAUCUUAGAGAUGUAGGAAGGGCUCAGGUUGAUUCUGAGGGCGGAGACACUGUGAUUAACUUUUUGGAUGGUGUGAUGCGUUUGACGAAGGACAAGCGAGAGUCGGUAGAGGAAAUGAUGCGACUUCUUGAGUUCACGUGGGACAGCGAGGAUGAGGCGAACCGUCAGCUACGCAGAGCCAAGUACCAAGGUGCUGCCAUGGCUGCUCGGGGUGCCGCCAAGGACGACGAGAUUCAGCGUCUCCAGAAAUAUGUCAGUGACCUGGAAAGCAAACUGCGCGACACUGAAAAGCUGGCGCACGACAAUGACGAUUUGAAGGACACCGUGGAUGCUCUGCGCAAGCAGAACCGAGGUGUGACCAGCGAAAACGACAGGCUUCGAAAGAAGGUUGGGGACCUGGAGAAGGACAAGGAGGAAGUAGUGCAGCAGCAGAGCGCAAAGCAAAAUGAAGCCAAACGGCGUGUCGAAAAGCUGCAGGCUGAGAUUGUUGACUUAACACGCAAGCUGACCAAUGCACGUAAGGCAGGUAGUCGGCCUGUUUCUCCAAACAUCAGUGCCCGCUCUCCGCAAUCUGUUACUCGCUCUCCACGACCCAGCGCCCGGCGUCGGACACCUGAGGCAAUUGCUCUCUCCGAGUUAUCUGUCCGCUCAACAGAUGAGCAGCAUAGAAGUGCUAUCCCUGAAGGUGCCCACCUCGCUUUCACAGUUGUGAUGCUGAUGGAUGUACUGCGCAAUGGUCGACCAAUCACUGAACCUGGCCACGUUAUCAUCAAGCUGAAGUCCAUCAAAGAGAAGUACAGGACUUCUGUAAAGGUGUUGUCGUCUGUGAUCCGCUUUGACGAGACAUUUGUGUUCUAUCUUGCGCAGCCAGACCAGGAUGUCAUCACUCUGCACGUCUUCUAUAAGCAGCACGGCGUUUCCCGUGAGUUUCACAUCGGGGAUGCCUGCUUCUCCAUGGCAACACUGUACCGAGGAGUUCCUCGCCAGCGCAUAGCUCCCGUGGUGCAGAACCCUGGAACAAAAGAAGCGCGUCGUGCCGCACAAGUCGAAGUGUGUCUGCAAACAGAUGACUUCGGAAAGACAAUGGAGCCCACCGAGGAGGAGGUGAAGAAGGAUAGAACGUCAUUCAACGAGCUCGUGAAGAAGUUUGAGAACAGCGCCCCGGAGAUGCUGCACGCGGUAGAUGUUUACAUGGCAUCCAACGAGCUACAGUAA